AUGGACGACAAGCACGGCUCACAGGAGGUCUCUGGAACUGAGCCCUUGCCAGCCGAUGAUGAGCAGAGUCCAGUACACCCAGAGACGCGAAAACGACAACAAGACGACGACGACGGCGGCGGCGGCGCUGAAUGGCAGAUAAAUCGUGCGCGGACAGCAUACCUUGCCUCGAAGCCAACACGACUAACAAGGAAGAACCUGGCACUUUUCGACAGCAAGGGUGCCGCCAAGAAGACACGCACACACUGCGAGUCGGACAACUCGACUUCGACGAAGACACUGUCGACAACGGCAUCUGGGUUUGCCAUCCAGGCUCGACAGAAUGGCAUCCUCGAUCCGCUUGACUCCAAGCCUCCCGAAAACCUCGAGGACAUGCGCAAGCGACUUGCCGAGCCACGUUCCACUGCUUCACCGCCCGAGUCAGAGUACGAGGACUAUGUGCACACUGUUGGAGAAGCCCCCAACGAAGCCACCAUGGUAGGCGAGAUGCUACCACUGCUCAAGAAGUAUCCAAAAGGAUACAAAAGGGCUCUCAACCAGCCAUUCACGGCCUUCCCAAGGGGCGUUGGAUUAAACAACGGCCUAUCGGCUCCGCAACCCGACUAUGUGGAAGGACUCGGGAUGGAAGAAUACCGCCCGUUCCCGGUCGACAAGUAUGUCGACGGAGCCGUUCUUUACAAGGACAACCCCCGAUCUGUGACGCUGCCGCACUUGGCCGGAGAAUGGAAGGGCGCCGGUGGUGAUAUGCGAGAAGCGGCGUUGCAGAGUGGCUAUGACGGCGCAGCACUCGUCUACGCCCGGAAUCAAGCCCUUGCCUACCAAGGACAGUCUGAUCCCCCGGGGCACGCAAGCAUCACAACCUUUACGACGAAUGGCACCCAACUCAACUUUUACGCGCACUAUGCAACCCUCGGCGAGGACGGCGCGCUCGAGUAUCACCAGUAUCCGGUCUCGUCGACAAGUUUGGUCAACUCACACGAAGAACACAAGAAAGGCAGAAAAGGCCUCAGAAACGAGCAGGACCACGCGAGGACACUCUCCUAUGAGCUCCGAGACCAGUUGAAGGAGCAUGAUAAGAAGAAACGGAGCGGUGGCCUCCAGCCUCUUGCCGAAGGGCUGGUACCGUCCUUGCCGGAACCAACCGGCGAACCACAUGACGGUCAUGUAGACGACGACCAAGGCGACGGAGACUACGAGAUGGACGAGCAGCAGCCGACGUAUCAACCCACGCCGCCGAUUUCUUCCAAGCACAAGAACAGCAAGACGCAUUCACACUCGUCACACUCGUCACACUCUUCACACGCCUCGCGGCACUUACAGCACUCACGGCAUUUGCACAAGACGACACAUUCAUCAAAGGACCCUGCCGCCGCGCACAGUUCAAUCAAUAACGGCAGCCAAAAACGAAAAGCUCCGCCGUCGCGAGGGUCGCAAAGCGACUCAAGUCAUCGUAGCAAGCACGAAAACGACUGGACAAAGCAUGAGACCGGACGGCUUUACCGCAAUCAUCCGGAUGGCACGAUUACCUGGCGUGAGGACGACGAGAACGACGAUAACGACUAA